ACGAGUUGUCGAUGCGGAAUCGCUCGACACGUGUCAGCAAUCAGCAGCAGCAGCAGGAGCAGCAGCAGCAGCAGCAGCAGCAUUCUGAUGCAAUGCCGGCGUGGCGUGGCGCGGCGCGGCGCGGCGUCAACAAGUAGAGCCCUCCACCACCCAAUUCACCCCCGGUCCUCGGUCCGCGCACCCUUCGCUGCCCCAAACCCCGCCACCGCCCCUCGUCCUAUAUAGAGGCAACGCUGCGCCCCUUCGACGUCCAAACGCGCCGCACGCACGACUCCGUUUAGUUUAGUUUCGUUGUGUUCGCUCUUUCGGUGCUCUUCACCACUCUUGUCUCUUAAUCUGUCUUGUCUUGGUCUUGGUCUUGGUCUCGAUCUUGGUCUCUUUCCUUUCCCUGCUCCCGUCCGUCCUUAGUUCCCCGUGUGCGAAACAACUCAGUGAACAGUUCAGUGAAGGAAGAUCACAAAUUCAGAAGUUACACCAAAAUCAAAAAGUUGUGAUUGAUGUGUGGAGUGCGCGAGUGUGCCACUUUCGGAGCCGAGGCAACGCCGGAUGACUCUGAGUGAGGGGCAGUGGCGGAGACCGCGUCCUGACCACCCCAAGGAAAGGAACUCCGUCGUCGCAACCACCACGACGACGUCCCCAUCUCGAAGUGAGGCGCCGCGAUGCCGCGCUGCCUGAUGGCCAAAAAGUGGAAGGCGUAUCCGUGGCCGGAACGCAGUGCCGACCUGCAGGACCAAGAGGAAGAGGAGGAGAUUGACGUGGUGGGCGACGCACCGUCCGCCUGUUGGGCACCCUCCAGUCCCACUGCGGGCGCGACGGCUCCCAGUCCGCCACCCACAUCGCCGCACGGAACCACCAUCCUUUACAAUGGCUACAUCCACGAACUUCCCCCGGCAACUUACACGGGCACUUUCACUCCCAAACCGGAGACACCCUCCUACGCCACUCUGCGCACCGUCGUCGAUCCGAACCAAGACUACCUCGCCCUUCAACCGAAACCGAAGAAGACGCUUUCGGUGAUCUGCACCUCCAACGGCACCGCUCUGAGCUUGCCACCGAAAAAAAAGGACAUCUACCGUCCGUACUCUUUGGACGACAAACCGCAGCAGAGUUUCCUGCCGCCGCAGAUCAGGGAGGAGGAUUUGCACGCCGCCCACGCCAUUUUGGAUUUGAGUGCGUCGACGACGGUGUUUUUGCCGCCGCCGCCGCCGCCGCCACAGCAGCAGCCACCUCAGCAGCCCCAAGUCCAUCUGGAGGAGAGAUGCGAGCUGAGAGAGGAGCAGGGCGUUCCGACGCCGGUAAGUGACGAUGAUGUGCAACCGGCGAAAACGGUCGCUUACACCUACGAGGCCUUCUUCGUGUCGGACGGGCGGUCCAAGAAGCGUCCCGUCGACGAACCGGCACCGAAACCGACGGAAAAACCGAAAUACACGUGCAGCGAGUGCGGCAAACAGUACGCGACCUCCUCGAACCUGUCUCGCCACAAACAGACCCACAGAAGUUUGGACUCGCAGGCGGCGAAAAAGUGCAUCACCUGCGGAAAGGCGUACGUCAGCAUGCCGGCUCUGGCCAUGCACGUGCUGACCCACAAACUGGGUCACAGAUGCAGCGUUUGCGGCAAACAAUUUUCCAGGCCGUGGCUCCUUCAGGGCCAUCUACGAUCUCACACCGGGGAAAAACCGUACGGCUGCGCCCAUUGCGGCAAAGCCUUCGCGGACCGUUCGAAUCUUCGGGCACACAUGCAAACGCAUUCGGCCGAUAAGAACUUCGAAUGCACCAGAUGCCACAAGACGUUCGCCUUGAAGUCCUACUUGAACAAACAUUUGGAGUCGGCCUGUCUGAAGGAGGAGCCGCAGAACCAGCACGAGUACUCCGGAGAAGACGUGCACCAGGUCGAGGAGCAGUCGGUGAGGGUUUACGCGGGUUAAUUUCAAAUGUUCAAAUUGCGGAGAUGAUUGUUGAGAGUGUGAUUGACAACGAUUCUAGUCAGGACGAACCAAACAUUCGAUUAACGUACUUUAGUGAAGUUGGACGUUGCCAAAGGAACUACUCGUAUGUAAGUAGGCGAAUCAUUCGCAUCACGUUUGCAAUUUGUACAAAAAUGAGACAUUCCUGAGAUUUUCGAUUCCACUUUAUUUUGAUAAUUUUUCUAAUUCUCCGUAUUCUUGUCAAUUAUCUGCUAGUCAGAAAAAGUGAAAUCACUCUAAAAAAUUAAAUAUAUUUAACUAUUUUGACAUUAAAAUAAAAAAUAGUUUUAUUUCCUAGUCAAUAAUUAUAUAAAAAUUAUAUAAAUGAAGUCCACAAUUAUUUUUAAGAUUACA